CCGGUUUAUGCCUAAGAUGUUACCAAGAUAACCAAACUCCAUUUCUUUUACAUAAUAUGUCCAGCACUCAACAGAAUGCGCAGGCUGGACGUGCAUUCCAAAAACCAAUUCUCCGAUCCUCUCCAAGGCACAAGAAACCUGAAGGUCUUUCAGACCGUAAUGAAAUGCAAUGUCAUAGUGCCCCAAAACCCGAGCUCCGAAAAUCUCCCAGGCUUAAAAGAAAAGAUCGGCCGAGCACUUUGACAGUGGUGCAGGCAUUGAGUGGCUCAAGGUCAAAGAACGUGCAAAGCCAUUCUACUCCCUUGCCCGUCACCCCAAAGCCAAAGCCUAUAUCUGACAAUGUACAAAAACAAAUCAAGCAGAAGAGAAAGCGGGAAGAAGUAGAAAGUGAAAGUGUCGCCAAGCCUUCUGGGGGUGGGUUGAAACUCCGAAAACGUGGAUGUGUUUCAAUGCACCGCGUUGUGAAACGUAAGAUAAAUGGACAGAAACCAACGGUUUUGUUUAAUGAUAAGGGACAACCGUAUGGUGUGGCUGCUGCAGAGAUGCAAUCUCAUAUUGGAGUUUUGGCCAGGACAAAAGCUCCAAUAUGGUUUGACACUUGGAGGCAAGUUCCGGUAACCAUCAAGAACAAGAUUUGGAAAUCUGUCACGUUUGGGUUCGACCUACCCCCUUCUGCACAAAAACUUGUGCUGCAGUCGGCGAAUUCGAAGUGGAAACAAUUCAAGAGUACCCUGACAUGUAAAUAUAUUCUUCCCUUUCGAGAUGAACCUGAGAGGCUGAGGACUCCACCAGAGGACUUCUCUUUCUUGGAGAAGAAACAUUGGGAUAUUUUUGUUGCUGAUCGUCUAAGCCCCGAGUUCUUGGCAAAAACACACAGUGGAGAUGAGUCAGUCAUUGAUCGAUCUGUUACGUGGGUCCUUGCAAGGAAGGACAAAGAAGGAAAUUUCAAGAGUGACUCUACAAAACAGAAGGCGGAGGAAAUUGAGUUCUUAAGGGAACAAGUAUGUUCUGGUGUGCUUACUGAAGAAGGUGAUGAUGAUGUAUUGACCAAGGCUCUUGGGAAGCCCGAGCACGGUGGAAGAGUUCGAGGUCAAGGAAUGCAUGUGAGGAAGGCUGUGUAUUUCAAUCUCCCGCGGUCAAAGAAGCAGAAGACACAAACAACGGUUGAUGAGCAAGUGAAGGAGGGUGUGAGACAACUUUUGGCAGAGGAGGUGAAUAACAUUGUUGCUUCAAGAGAUGCUUUUUGGAUGGCUGAGAUAGAGAAGUUGAAAUCAGAGAUUUGGAAGAAACAAGGAAGUAGUCCCGCUGUCCCUUCCCAAGAGGCUAGCUGCUCACCUAAAUUCAGGGAAGGUGGGCAGAAUCAACAAGUGGCAAUGAAGAAUCUAAAGGACUCAUUUGAUGCAGAACUUGAACCACUCAGAGAGAAUAACGACAUUGGUGAUGAGUGUAAUCAUAUACUGUCCGUGGCUGAGCAUGUUGAUGAGAAACAACAUGAAAAAGAUAGAGAAAAUAAUGAGAGAGAAGAUCAAGAAAUUGAUACUGUGGAGAAGCUUGUAGAAGUUGGAGGACUUAAAGUGUAUGGGUUCUCCCGGAUGGAUGACCUCACCCUACAUGGUGAAAAACUGGGUGAAGAAUAUGCAAAGGUGUCCAUUACAGAAGCAAUAAAAGAUGUUGACAUUCCAGUCCCAAUCCCCGGUGAAGUACUUACUGUUGAACAAGCCAAAGGAACUUUUGUGGCAUGGCCUAAGGAGCUGAUAGUCUUGGAUGUUCUUCCUAAAGGAAAGGAAGCAUUGUUUGAUGAUAGAGCACAUACUUUUGUCCUUAAUAAAGAUGCCUUUGGGGUGGAAAAGAAGUUAUCAAUUUUUCUGAGUGAUAUACAUGCUCUGUGCGCUCGUGGCGAGAUGGCUGGAAGCAUAAUUACAAUAUACAUACACUCCCUGUAUGAGCUUGUGAAAAAAAACAAAAUGCUUCAGAUGAUCUCUUUCGUGGAUCCCGGCAUGGUAGGGACGCUUGCAUGUGGGAACAUAGGGCAGAGGUCACGCAAGCUUGCUGAUCGCUUUAAGGGGGCCUGUGAUGGACAACACUUUCUAAUACCGUUCAAUGACGUGAAUCAUUGGGCUUUGACUAUUGUCAAACCUAAUAAAGAGGUAGUGUACUACAUGGACCCCCUUAAACGGCGUAUAGAUAGUCAGAAGUGGACUGAAGUGGUUGAUAAUGCUAUAGUUUUGUACAAGAGUACCAUGAACACACCUAUGUUGAAGAAGAAAGUGUCCUGGGAGAACAUGGCGGGCAUCCCGAUGCAAAAAGGGAGUGUAGACUGUGGCUUGUAAUCCGAUUCAAAGAUAUUUGGUUUUUUCCUACGAUUUUCAGUGGGCGCGUCGGGGAAAUCUGGAAUACACCGAGGAUGACAUCAAUCAAACAAAGGUUGAAUUUGCGAAGUAUUUUAUGAGUCAUAAUGCCAUUUGAAUGGUUCUACCCCUGGACUUUGGUUGUAUGUUUUAUUGUGUUAGAUUGUUGAAUGAUGUAUUGGGAAUUUAUAUUUCUUUUCUUGAUCAGUCUUUCUGUUGUAUGAAUUAUUGAACGACCACUGUAUUAGAAUGCAAAAAACAUGGUUAUCCACCAAAUACAGUACUCUGAAUGGU